ACGUAAUAUUCGAGCGCCAAGAUCUGCGCAUUUUUGGCUAUGAUUUUUGGGGGUAGUUUUGUAAUGCACGUAGUGGAAGAUGUCAAAUUCUAAGGUAAAUAAGGGUAAAAAAGUAAUUAAUCAGGAGGAGUUGCGUCGGUUGAUGAGAGAGAAACAAAGGGGAUCCGACAGAAAGAAACGAGUCGAAUCGCCGUUUGCAAAAUACAACUCCCUCGGUCACCUAAGCUGUGUACUCUGCAAAGUACCUGUAAAAUCAGAAAUACUAUGGCAAGCACACGUUCUUGGAAAGCCGCAUAAAGAUAAAGUCGCUGAGGUAAAAGGAGCAAAGCAACCCCAAGUUAACAAUGAGACCCAGUCCAAACCAGACCACUCAUUACUGCUGAAAAGGAAAGCGCCAGAGACAAAUGCAGCCCCAGGGAAAAGGCUCAAGGACGCUGGUUCCACGUCUUCCGGGCUUCCUCCAGGAUUUUUUGACGGGGGCAAGAAAUCCAGUAGUUUGGGAAUAUUAAGUGGCAUGUAUGAUGAUGAUGGUGAAGACGGAGAUGAAAUCGACGAACACGACAGCAGUGUUGCAAUGUCUGGAAAAGCCGAAGAAGUGAAAUUGCCCAGCGUCUCAGCAGGUGUUGAAGUUGCACCAACUUCGGGACUUCCUGCAGACUUUUUUGACAGUGGUAUCCCGCCUGCCCCAAGUGUUUCUCACUCGGGUUCGAUUUCUAAACCGGACGAAGAUGACAAGGUCACAGAGAAGAGAGAGAACUCAGCUGAGGCUUUACCCGAGGGGUUUUUCGAUGACCCAGUGAGAGAUGCCAAGGUGCGCAACGUGGACACACCCAAAGACAUCAUGGACAAGGAGUGGGAAGACUUUCAGAAGGCGAUGCGACAGGUGAAUACCGCAUCCGAUGCUAUUGUUGCUGAGGAUGACGAAGAAGGGCGUUUGGAGCGUCAAAUCGAUGAGAUUGAUGAACAGAUUGAAUGCUACCGCCGAGUGGAGGUGCUACGAGACAAACAGGAGGUCGUCAAAGAGAAACUAGUACAGGCGAAGAAGGGUGUUUUUACAGAGUGCUCUGGUGACAGUGAUGAAGAAGAUGAAGAGGAAUUGCUUCAUGUGUUGUCCCGGGACUGGAGGGCUAAAGGAGCUCUUGCUUAAUGUAGCCUACUUUGUCAGGUUACCAACAGUGUGUUUCUCCCGUUUUCCAAAAUGUGUACAUAGCAGUGGUGUUUGGGGGCUUAUGUAUUUUGUUUAAAAAAUGCGUCCAAACACAUGUGGGGUUGUUGAAACAUUGUGAUGCUUUAACAAAAUGUAGACUUGUGACUUUCAAAGUCCACCUUCAAAUGUAGUCACAUACAUAAAACUGUUCAUAUCAAAAA